AUGCAUCAGUCGUACCGCCAACUUGUUGCUGAGACAUCCCUCAGUAUGAGAUCGUUGUUGUUAUGCGCGUUGCUUGCCAGCAUUGGGGCAGCAGCUUCCGAUGACCAGCAAGACCUCCGCAAGCGACAAUUGAAUGAGGCGUCAGUCCUAUCGGUGCUGCUAACUGCGCUUCCUCCUUCUCUUCUUGUUCUUGCGGCGACAAAUGAAGCCGCCGCUUCAUCAGCAAUACUCCAAGAAUUCCUCACUGGUACGCCGUCAUGGUACCAAAACCUUCCAACCGAGGUACAGAACUACUUGCUUUCCUCCACGGCUACAAAUGCGUACACCACAGGACCGACACGAACCACCUUUGCUAGCUCUGUGUCUACACGAUCAGUCGCGCUAGGCUUGCCCUCAAGCAUUACCGCCCUUCCUGGAUACUCAUCAAUAGCUUCUGCAGCAGCCACGCCAGCAGGCAGCAACGACGCGAUCACCCAAGAUGAGGGAGGCCUAUCCAGCGGCACUAAGAUCGGUAUCGGUGUCGGCGCCGGUGUCGGCGUGAUUGCUCUCAUAGCAGCCAUCGCCAUCUUCUUCACAGGGAAAAAGCGCCGCGCAAGACACAGGAAUGAGGCCGCGACAGCCGCAGCGAGCACUCCCGCUUAUCAACAUCUGAUGCCUGAGAAACAAGGUGCCGGCUACUACGGCCACCCACAAGGACAAACCUACAAUCCUGUUCCUGCUGGCACGACGGAGAUGCCGACGUACGCGAAUGUCUCAGAGAUGGCAGCACCGGCGCCUAAAGGCUACAAUCAGGGUUACCCGCAGUUUGCUGCAGAACUGCCGGCAACACAAGGAGGUGGCCGAUGA